AUGUCUUCUUCCCGUCCCUCCGCAUUUGACGCUCUCAUGUCUAAAGCUCGCGCAUCCGCCAAGAAGAAGACUCCCCAGACCUCUGCUUCGUCUCGCUCGCCGAACAAACGGAAAAUCGGAGAAACCCAAGACGCUGAUUUGGGCAGAACUCUUGUUUCGGGAGGUACGACUUCGAAAAAUGGGGAUCCGAUGGAACCCGUUUCUGAUUCCGCGAAACCCAGAUCGGAUUCGCCGUCAAUUGCGGAAGAAUCGAAGAACGAUGCGAAAAAGCCUAGGGUUUUGAGCCAGACUGAUAAAGUUACCGAAAUGAAGAGCAAAAUCGAAUUGCUGAAGAAGAAGCCUGGGGAUUUCAAGCCGGAAAAAGUGUCUUGUUGGGAGAAAGGGGAGAGAGUUCCGUUUCUAUUUGUCGCGUUGGCUUUUGAUCUGAUUUCAAAUGAAAGUGGCAGGAUUGUGAUCACUGAUAUUUUGUGUAACAUGUUGAGAACUGUUAUUGCCACUACUCCAGAUGAUUUGGUCGCUACUGUCUAUCUUGCGGCGAAUGAGAUUGCACCUGCUCAUGAAGGUGUAGAGCUAGGAAUUGGUGAAGGUUCCAUUAUCAAGGCAAUCUCCGAAGCUUUUGGUAGAACUGAGGCGCAGGUUAAGAAGCUAAAUACGGAACUGGGAGACUUGGGGCUUGUAGCAAAAGGAAGCCGUUCGUCUCAGACUAUGAUGUUCAAGCCCGAAUCAUUGACUGUUGUCAAGGUUUUCAAUACAUUUAGACAGAUUGCUAAGGAAAGUGGAAAAGAUAGUACAGAAAAGAAGAAGGACCGAAUGAAGGCACUUCUUGUGGCAGCAACAGACUGUGAACCACUUUACUUAACUCGUUUACUUCAGGCAAAAUUGCGGUUAGGGUUCUCAAAUCAGACCGUCUUAGCUGCAUUGGGACAAGCCGCUGUAUAUAAUGAAGAGCACUCAAAGCCACCCCCAAAAAUCAAGUCUCCUUUGGAAGAGGCUGCGAAGAUUGUUAAACAAGUAUUCACUGUGCUUCCUGUCUAUGACAUUAUUGUUCCUGCUCUUCUAACUGGUGGUGUAUGGAAUCUUCCUAAAACUUGUAACUUUACACUUGGUGUUCCAAUUGGACCCAUGCUUGCAAAACCAACAAAAGGUGUAGGUGAGAUACUGAACAAAUUCCAGGACACCGUUUUCACAUGCGAAUACAAAUAUGAUGGAGAACGUGCACAGAUACAUUGUAUGGAGGAUGGUACAUUUGAGAUUUAUAGUCGAAAUGCUGAAAGAAACACUGGGAAGUACCCUGAUGUUGCUCUUGCGUUAUCAAGAUUAAAGAAGCCCUCUGUGAAAUCCUUUAUUCUGGAUUGUGAGGUUGUUGCAUUCGACAGGGAGAAAGAGAAAAUUCUUCCAUUCCAGAUCUUGAGCACUCGAGCCCGUAAAAAUGUGAAUGUCAAUGAUAUCAAAGUUGGCGUAUGCAUCUUUGCUUUUGACAUGCUAUAUCUAAAUGGCCAGCAACUUAUUCAGGAGAAUCUUAACAUUCGCCGAGAGAAGCUAUACGAUUCAUUUGAGGAAGAUCCUGGAUAUUUUCAGUUUGCAACUACUCUAACAUCCAGCGAUAUCGAUGAAAUACAAAAGUUUCUUGACGCUUCUGUUGACAUUGGCUGUGAAGGUUUAAUCAUUAAAACAUUGAAUUCAGAUGCUACCUAUGAGCCUGCAAAGCGAUCGAAUAAUUGGCUAAAACUGAAGAAAGACUAUAUGGACAGUAUUGGGGACUCUGUGGAUCUUGUACCAAUUGCUGCUUUCCAUGGGCGUGGCAAACGCACAGGUGUCUUUGGUGCAUUUUUACUAGCUUGCUACGAUGUUGAAAAGGAAGAAUACCAGAGCAUUUGUAAAAUAGGUACUGGAUUUUCUGAAGCCGUGCUUGAAGAGCGGUCUACCAGUCUUCGCUCUCGAGUGAUUGCUACUCCAAAACAAUACUACCGAGUUGGAGACGGCCUCAAUCCAGAUGUUUGGUUCGAGCCCACUGAGGUCUGGGAAGUGAAGGCAGCUGACUUGACAAUUAGUCCUGUGCAUUGUGCAGCUACCGGCAUUGUGGACCCUGAUAAGGGAAUUUCUCUACGUUUUCCUCGUCUACUUCGUGUAAGGGAAGACAAGAAGCCAGAAGAAGCAACAUCAUCUGAACAGAUUGCUGAUAUGUACCAAGCUCAGAAACACAAUCAUCCAAGCAAUGAUGUCAAAGGUGACGAUGAUUGA